AUGGCCAACAGUAACCUUCCCCGGAGAAUCAUCAAGGAAACUCAACGUCUCCUCAGUGAGCCUGCACCGGGAAUUAGCGCUUCACCAUCGGAAGACAAUAUGCGAUAUUUCAAUGUGAUGAUCCUUGGCCCAACACAAUCUCCUUAUGAAGGAGGAGUUUUCAAGUUGGAACUAUUUUUGCCAGAAGAAUAUCCAAUGGCUGCUCCAAAGGUUCGAUUUCUCACCAAAAUUUAUCAUCCUAACAUUGACAAGCUGGGAAGGAUAUGCCUUGACAUUUUGAAAGACAAAUGGAGUCCUGCUCUCCAGAUACGAACUGUACUUUUGAGUAUUCAGGCACUUUUGAGUGCUCCAAACCCCGACGAUCCGCUCUCUGAGAACAUCGCCAAACAUUGGAAAUCGAAUGAGGCUGAAGCGGUUGAAACAGCAAAGGAAUGGACCCGUUUAUAUGCAAGUGGUGUGUGA